AUGUCUCCAUUUUCUCGACUGGUCCGAUUUCUUGCCAAAGAUGGCCAUGUCUACUAUGGUGACGCUAUUCUUCCCGCUGGCACCAGCGACAUUGCCAAAGUGAAAAAAGCCAGGGUGAUCCAGGGAGAUAUCUUCGGGCAACAUAGUGUCACAGACCAGGUUUCCGAGAUCAAGAUGCUGCUUGCUCCCUUGGCGAGGAAGGAUAUCAGGACCGUACGCUGUCUGGGGUUGAAUUACGAACAGCACGCCAAAGAGUCCAAUCUUCCUACACCCAAGUAUCCCGUGCUGUUCUACAAACCGGUCACUUCCAUUGCAGGUCCCGUGGACGACAUCCCCGUCUCUACUAUGGCACAGGAAGGCGAGGGUCUGGACUACGAGUGCGAGCUUGUUAUCGUCAUCGGCAAGGAAGCUAGGGACGUCAGCGAGAGCCGAGCGUUGGACUACGUACUUGGAUAUGCUGUGGGUAACGAUGUCUCUCAUCGAGAUUGGCAGAUCAAGCGUGGUGGCGGACAGUGGGGACUAGGUAAAGGCUUCGAUGGUUGGGCUCCCUUUGGCCCAGGAAUUGUGUCAUCGCAAUUGAUCCGCGAUCCAAACUCGUUAAACAUCACUACCAAGCUCAAUGGUAAGACAGUCCAGUCAUCCUCAACCAAGGACAUGAUAUUCCACGUCGCAAAGAUUGUGGCUUUCUUGUCCCAGGGCACCACAUUGUUGCCGGGGGAUUUGAUCUUCACUGGAACACCGCAGGGCGUUGGGAUGGGUAGGAAACCCGCCCUCUGGCUCAAGGACGGCGACCAGGUUGAGGUUUCUCUGGAAGGAGUGGGAUCGUGCGUGAACCAGGUGGUCUUUGACAAGCCCGUUGCUAAACUUUAA